AUGAGUUCGUCCUUACUACUUGUUGAUGAUGAUCGUAAAUCCCAACUUGGUCUGCUGAAUACAAUCGAUGAGUCAGUUGCCGUUGAAUUUUGUCGUGUAACUAUUGGCUUUUUAGCUAAUGGUAUUAAUUCAAAAUUAAUAACAAAUGCAGCAAAUCGUCUCCAACUUGAUCAAGAUUUAGUACGAAAUACAAUAGAAAAUUUGAUGUGGUUAUAUACCGAAUGUGCAAAAUCAAAAAUAUCUGUUGAAUCACUAGAAGAAUCGUUAAAGUUAUUUGGAUUUAAUGAUGUUAUUCGUCAAACAAUAGUCGAAUGUUACACAACACAGUCAUCUCAACUUCAGUCAGCAUUAAUUGAUUUAUCCUUAUCAUUACCAAAAUAUAAAGAUUUACACUGGCGUUUUGAUGUUCAAAUUUAUUCACGAAAUAUUCGUCAUCGACAAGUUGAACCCUAUUUUAUUUUGAAAUUAUCAAUAACAGAUGUGUAUGGUAAAGAUCAUUGUCAUCUAUUACAAUGUGAUCCGUUGACAUUAUUGCAUAUCGUUGAACAACUUGAAAAUGCCAUAAACAAUUUAAGAAGCAAUCAUUGUAGAAGAAUUAUGCAAACAUUUCGGUAA